AGGACGUUUUUAUUUCUCCAAAUUAUCAUGUCUCUGGGAAUGUCUUACAAACCAAACCUCCACCAAAAUGUUCAGGGAACUUCCGUGAAUCAGGGCUAAUGAUUGAUCUGGAUGAAGAGCAUUAUUUGACCCUUUGAUGACACCCAGCGUUUAAGGAGGCACACUGCAUGCUUUCCCCCCUGUCAGCCCUAAAGCGUAGCACAAAUCUAAUAAAUCCAUUCAGUUACAGAUCAACUUAUGUUGGGACAGUCCACUCUCCUUCCCCAAAUAUUGCAACGCUACAGUCUUACCGCCCUAUUGUCAAUGAUUAUGGACCACCAUCUUUGGGAUACACACAGGGUACAAGUGGCACCCAGGUGCCUCAGAGCAAGUAUGCAGAACUGCUCGCCAUCAUUGAGGAGCUGGGGAAGGAGAUCCGGCCGACCUACGCUGGCAGCAAGACUGCCAUGGAGCGACUCAAGAGAGGCAUCAUCCAUGCACGAGGGCUGGUGCGCGAGUGUUUGGCUGAGACAGAGAGGAAUGCCAGGUCCUAAAGCUGCUUUGUUCCUGCCUUCUCCAGUCAGAUCACAUCCCCACCUUUCCCAAACAACAAAAACAAAUGUUACAACAACAAAAAAAUCAAACUGUUGUUACAUGUAGCUGUACUGUAUGAGUGUGUAUGCAUAUGAGUAUGUAUGACUGAAAAGGGAAAGAACAGUAUAUUUGAUCUACACAGGAAUUUCCUGGACUUGUUUAUGUUCCCGUUAGGGAAUAUUGUUAUUUCUCUUUGGAUUACAAAACUGUACAAAAAUGUUUGCAUGUUACAAAUUAAAAGUUGCAGUCCACUAUUCUAAUCCUACAGUUUUUGUCAAAUUCAGCAAAUUGCUCCUCACGGCCCUCUAGCUCUCUGUUGUGUAUUUGCGCUCUGGUGUUCACACACUCCCAGCCAAUCAACACGCGGCUUCAGGAACAUGGAGCGGAGGAGUGUUGAUCGUAAAAACUGAUUGGGUGUUGAGCAUAAAUAUCAACAACCUUUUGUGAAAACCGAAUGGUGGACUGCAUCUUUAAUGCUGUGGGGCUUCUGGAAAUUGCAUGGUUUAUGUGGCACAAGGCUGCAGACAGCAUCGCUGAGUGAGAAUGAGACGGUGCCAAACACAUGGUAUGGACAAGUAGUUCAAUGAAGACAAUUGUUUGCAUUUCCUUGUUUAUUACUAAGUGUAAUAAGUAAAACAUAUUUUAAUGUAAA